AUGAGGUUGCGCAACCAUUCCAGAGAGUGGCCCACAGGAAAAUUGUGCAAGCAAAUUUUUGAUUAUUUUGUCCCGAGACUUGGUGAUACGCACAAGAAAGUGAAGCAGAAGGCGCUGGAUGUGCUGGCUGAAAUCAUAGGCAUCCUGAAAGAUGGCUUAAACCCAGUGAUCAUCUGUUUGGUUGAAGGAAUAACAAACAACCUAAACUCAAAGGACCCCGGGGUUUAUGCCGCAGCUGUGAAAGCGCUGGAAGAAUCCAUGGCUCACUUAGCGCUUGUGGCAUGGGUUUAUCCCAGGAGCCCCGAAGUCGUCCAGCGCUACGCCCUGCCCGUGCUCUGGUCCUUCCUGGGGAACAAGGCGCUGCCUGUCCGAAGCGCCAAUGUCCGCACUGUGGUCACCAAGCUUGCCUGCGCCCUCUACAAGGUGAUGGGCGCCAAGCUGAGGAAGCAUGCUGCCAGCCAGCCUCCGCAUGUGCGGGAAAACCUCUCCGACAUUUUGGGCUGGUGAAGGCUCGAUGACCUGCAGAGAGAUGACAAAGUGCUGAGUUGGACACCUCCGGACGUGACUUCUUAGCUGUGCCAAAAAGGACAGAAUGCAAAGGAAGGGUGUGCACCUGCCCCCGCUCUCUCCACCCCCCUUCCUAGUCGUGGCAUGG